GCUAUCCAUGUCUCGGCCACGUAUCUGAUUGUUGUUACUGCUUUUAGUCCAUUUAUUGUGUAUACAAUGAGAAUGUUUUGUGCGACAUGGAAUUGAAGUAUGCAUUUUUUUUUGCAACACGAGAAAAGAUUGACAAAGCAUUGAGAACCGGCCGUGAGUGUCUUACACUUAACUAUAAGACAAAAGAAACAAACAAUUUAUAUCAUGUGGACAUCAAUAGAUAAGCCAAAUUUGACAAUAACCGAGACGUUUUGACUACGUGCCUUCUAUUUCUUGACUGCAAGCAAGCAUUAGCUGUCACCAAAAACAUGACACUCCCAUCUCAUGUAGUUACCAAUGGUGAUGCUUCACUUGACUCUGGUCAUAACCGUCUUCUUCAACUUGGUUACAAACAAGAACUGAAGCGCGAUCUCUCGGUGGUUUCAAACUUUGCUCUUUCUUUUUCUAUUAUAUCCGUGCUCACCGGUAUCACCACCCUUUACAACACUGGGUUGAACUAUGGUGGCCCAGUUUCUAUGCAAUAUGGUUGGUUUUUGGCUUCAGCUUUCACCAUGCUUGUUGCACUUUCAAUGGCUGAAGUUUGUUCAGCUUUUCCAACUUCUGGUGGUCUUUACUAUUGGAGUGCCAAGCUUGCUGGCCCCAAAUGGGCACCUUUUGCCUCCUGGAUCACUGGAUGGUUCAAUAUUAUUGGCCUGUGGGCAGGGACAACAAGUGUAGACUUUUCACUUGCGCAACUCAUUCAGGUCAUCAUUCUCCUUAGUACUGGUGGGAAAAAUGGUGGUGGAUACGUAGCAUCUAAAUAUGUAGUUCUUGCUUUCCAUGGUGGAAUUUUGCUCCUUCAUGGUAUGAUAAACAGCCUUCCAAUCUCUGUGUUAUCAUUCUUAGGACAACUCGGUGCUAUCUGGAAUGUUUUAGGUGUUUUUGUGCUUAUGAUUCUCAUUCCAUCUGUUGCGACGGAAAGGGCUAGUACCAAGUUUGUUUUCACUCAUUUCAAUGCUGAUAAUGGGGAUGGAAUCAACAGCAGACCAUACAUGUUUCUCUUAGGACUUCUAAUGAGUCAGUAUACACUUUCCGGCUAUGAUGCGUCAGCUCAUAUGACAGAAGAAACUAAGGAUGCUGAUAGGAAUGGACCAAAAGGUAUUAUAAGUGCUGUUGGGAUAUCUGUUAUUGUUGGUUGGGGUUACAUAAUCGGUAUUACCUACGCCGUUACUGACAUCCCCUACCUUUUGAAUGAAAAUAAUGACGCUGGCGGGUAUGCCAUUGCUGAGAUAUUCUAUCAAGCAUUCAAAGCAAGAUAUGGAAAUGGAAUUGGAGGCAUUAUUUGCUUAGGAAUUGUUGCUGUCGCCAUUUUUUUCUGCGGUAUGAGUACAAUUACCAGCAAUUCAAGAAUGGCUUAUGCUUUCUCAAGAGACGGUGCCAUGCCAUUUUCGUCUUUGUGGCAUAAAGUUAACAAGCAGGAUGUUCCUAUAUAUGCAGUUUGGCUUUCUGUUUUUAUAUCAUUUUGCAUGGCCCUAACGUCUCUUGGAAGUAUAGUGGCAUUUGAAGCCAUGGUGUCCAUAGCAGUGAUUGAUCUCUACAUUGCUUAUGCACUUCCUAUCUUCUUUAGGGUGACUUUAGCAAGAAAGAACUUUGUUGCUGGGCCUUUCAACUUGGGCCGUUACGGAAUCAUUGUUGGUUGGAUUGCAGUUAUUUGGGUGGUGAUCAUAUCUAUACUAUUCUCAUUGCCAGUUUCAUAUCCAAUAACAAUUGAGACACUUAACUACACACCUGUUGCACUUGGAUGUUUGAUCAUUCUUGUAGUUUCUUACUGGUUAAUCAGUGGUAGGCAUUGGUUUAAAGGACCUAUAACCAAUUUACAACACUGAAGUUGUAUACAUAAUAGUUUAUUCUAUAACCAAUUUUAAAUAUUAUAUAUGCAAUUUAUUUUGUCUA